GGCCAGUUUACAUAAACCUCAACGUGUCGUGGGCACUGGACAAAUGGCUGCUUCAAUGUAUUUGUUUCUAUUUUUCUAAGACACUCUAAGAACUCUGCGCAGAGUGAUGACGUUAACGUCACUCCACGUUUUCUUCAGUAAAUAGCUGUCCGCUUCUAAGUUCAGUUACCGGUGCGAAUAUUACAACUUGUGAAGGAGAAGAAGAUGGCAGAUGAAACUGUGAGGGAAGAUAUAGGCAGGCUUCUUAUUCAGUUUAAGAAUGAAAACGGAGAUGUGUUGGGAACCCCCUUUGAUGUACCUGUGGAUAUUACACCUGAUAAGCUUCAGCUUGUCUGCAAUGCUCUUUUACAGGAGGAGGAACCACCGCCUUUGGCUUUCUUUGUAGAUGAACAGGAGAUCAUAACUUCCCUUGAUAAAACCCUUGAGAAGCGGAGUGUGGAAACAGAGAAGGUGUUGGAUAUAAUCUACCAACCACAAGCUGUCUUUAAGGUCCGCGCUGUGACACGUUGCACAAGUUCUUUGGAGGGACACACAGAGGCCGUAAUUUCUGUAGCUUUUAGUCCAACCGGAAAAUACCUGGCCAGUGGAUCAGGUGACACUACAGUUCGCUUCUGGGAUCUAACUACUGAGACUCCUCAUUUUACUGCUAAAGGUCAUACACACUGGGUGCUUAGUAUAGCUUGGUCUCCCGAUGGGAAGAAACUUGCGUCAGGCUGUAAAAACAGUCAGAUUUGUAUAUGGGAUCCUAACACAGGCAAGCAGAUUGGAAAAACAUUAACCGGACACACAAAAUGGAUAACCUGGUUGUGCUGGGAACCUCUCCAUUUGAACCCUGAAUGCAGAUUUCUUGCUAGUGCCUCCAAAGAUUGCAGCAUUCGAAUCUGGGAUACUAUAUUGGGCCAGUGUCAGAAGAUCCUUACUAGCCACACACACUCAGUCACUGGAGUAAAAUGGGGUGGAGAUGGCCUACUUUAUUCUUCCUCACAGGACAGGACAAUAAAAGUUUGGAGGGCAGAUGAUGGAGUCCUUUGUCGUACAUUACAAGGUCAUGCCCACUGGGUUAAUACUAUGGCUCUUAGCACAGACUAUGUUCUACGGACAGGGGCCUUUGAACCAGCAGAAGCUUCCAUCAACCCACAGGAUAUGACUGGAUCACUGGAGGUCCUGAAAGAGAAGGCUUUGAAGCGAUACAAUCAAGUUCGGGGACAGGCUCCUGAGAGGCUCGUAUCUGGUUCUGAUGACUUCACACUGUAUCUGUGGACACCAGCAGAGGAUAAGAAACCUUUACAGAGGAUGACCGGACACCAAGCUUUGAUAAAUGAGGUUCUUUUUUCUCCUGACACACGGAUCAUUGCCAGUGCUUCAUUUGACAAAUCAAUAAAACUUUGGGAUGGGAAGACUGGAAAAUACAUUGCAUCUUUACGAGGCCAUGUUGGAGCUGUGUAUCAGAUUGCAUGGUCAGCAGACAGCCGAUUAUUAGUCAGUGGAAGCAGUGACAGCACACUCAAAGUGUGGGAUACAAAGAUCAAAAAGCUUUCUGUGGAUCUCCCGGGACAUGCGGAUGAGAUAUUUGCUGUUGACUGGAGCCCAGACGGACAACGAGUAGCCAGUGGAGGAAAGGAUAAGUGUUUGAGGAUAUGGAGGAGAUGAAGCAACUGAACAGUCUUUGGAUUAUUUGCUGUAGAACUACAGACAUUUAUCUUGAUGCAUGGAGGAUCCCAGUGCCUGGUCCAUACAAACAUGACCAAAAGACUAGUUUACAUUUUGAUAACUUACUUGAUCAAUCACAUGACUGACCAGCUGUGACACGAGAAUUCCUGCUGGUUGGGUCAUCUAUUCAAAGAAUACAUGAAAAUUUGGUGGAACAUACAAUGAAUGUGCUUAAUAUAUAUUGAAAAUGUUGUCUGGACUUGUUGGACAGUCCUACCUUGGAACAUGUGGACAACCCCAUGCACGUGGAUUUGUGGCUUGUAUUAUUAUUAUUUUUAAUAAUAUAUAUAGAUUUAUUUAUAGUAG